AUGCUGGCAUACCUUCAAGACAGGAGUGUAACAUGGGGCCAAGAUGCACGAACCGGAAAGGAUCCGGUCUUCAAGUGGCUCAAAUUAUUCCUCUACGACCAGGAGCACCCCAUCCUGCGCGAGACCCCGAAUCCAGCAUUGCCAGACGUAUGCGACAUCGGUGGAGGAACCACCGAUGUCGGUGCUUUUCAUAUUCAGGGGACCGGGUCAAAUACCGUGUACGAACCACUGGGAAGACCGUCAGGGGUUAAUCUCGGUGUCGCAGCAUCCAAUGCUGCGAUCCGUCAACACAUGAAGGAGCUGCCCCCGCACAUCUUUGGGCUCGUUAGGCCGCUGAACGAGGCCCUCCUGGACAGAAUUUGUGACCUCAAAUGUGCUGAAGAAUUCCCUGAACUCCACGGUGGUCAAUACUAUCGACCUGAUAAUGGCCAACAUCGUUCCACCGCGCCCACUAGAGCCACCAGUCCCGUGUCCUGGGGAGCGACUUAUCGAGGGAUCCUCGGCAGGGCGAUCCCCCGCCUGUAUUUUGACGCAAGCUACGGUCUGCAAGCUGCGGAGGGGGCUAUCAUCCGUGACGGGAGCAUCAACCUAGAGCAAUCCUCCCCGCACUGGAUAAUUCGCAAGGACCACGCAGUUGAAAGUCAGCACCAAAAUGAGCUUUUUUUCGACAUUCAUUAUCGUGCUGGAAAUGCGCCCAUAACCAUCAUAAAUCUCCUUCGACAUAUAGCCGAGUUCUCUGAUGCUAAUAAUGGUGAAUCCGAACGGAUGCCACCACUCAGUUUCCACCUGCAGGGGUUGAACCUCUCUUGCCUGAUGCGCGUAGGUGAUGAGUACAGCGUGAAAGUGCAGAUUACGUGGGAAGUCAGAUACUCGGAGAGACAGGCCAUUGUUAGAUUCACGGCCCGGUCGCAGAACGCACUACUUGGUGAGCAGGAUGUACCUCUGGGUGGAUGCCGUUUGGUAGAGUGA